UUGUAAUUUCGCAUGGAAAUCAAAGAAUCCAGCAAGGAGCCACAUAAAAACAUACAAAUGCUGCGUGGCCCAUUUUCAUGUGACACACACACCAACACAUCGGUUGGGCUUGUUGCUGGACCUCAGCAAGUCCCUUUUGCACUGGAGUUUCAAGGUUAUUAACUGAAUCUAUAAACUGCUACCAUCUAUUAGAGAGAUCAUACAUUUCCUCAUAGCAGUAACAGCUCCAUCAUGUCACCAAAGGGACUAGACUAUGAUGUGCUGAAUGAGAAUGUGAAGAAGGCCCAAUAUGCUGUUAGAGGUGAGCUGUAUCUCCGAGCUUCGGAGCUUCAAAAGGAAGGGAAGAAGAUUAUUUUUACCAAUGUUGGCAACCCUCAUGCUUUAGGACAAAAGCCACUGACGUUCCCUCGCCAGGUGGUGGCACUUUGUCAGGCUCCAUUUCUAUUAGAUGAUCCGAAUGUGGGACUUGUGUUCCCGGCAGAUGCAAUCGCAAGAGCUAAGCAUUAUCUUUCACUGACAUCGGGCGGUUUAGGUGCUUACAGUGACUCCCGUGGACUUCCGGGGGUAAGGAAGGAAAUUGCUGAGUUCAUUGGAAGGCGUGACGGGUAUCCCAGCGAUCCAGAGCUUAUAUUCCUCACAGAUGGUGCUAGCAAGGGAGUAAUGCAGAUCUUGAAUACUAUUAUCCGUAAUGAUAGGGAUGGGAUUCUUGUUCCAGUUCCACAAUACCCACUUUAUUCAGCAGCAAUAUCUUUAUAUGGUGGUUCGCUCAUCCCAUAUUACCUUGAAGAGACAGCAAAUUGGGGUCUUGACAUCAAUAACUUACGCCAAUCAGUUGCACAGGCCCGGUACAAAGGAAUCACCGUCCGCGCGAUGGUCAUCAUAAAUCCGGGAAACCCAACUGGUCAAUGUCUGAGUGAAGCUAAUAUAAGGGAACUGCUACGAUUUUGCUUCCAAGAAAACUUAGUCCUGCUUGCAGAUGAAGUUUAUCAGCAGAACGUAUAUCAGGAUGAGCGCCCCUUUAUAAGCGCAAGAAAGAUUUUAUUGGACAUGGGCCCACCAAUAAGCAAGGAGGUCCAACUUGUGUCUUUCCACACUGUGUCGAAAGGCUACUGGGGAGAAUGCGGACAGCGUGGAGGAUACUUUGAGAUGACUAACAUUCCUCCACAGACAGUUGAUGAGAUUUACAAGGUUGCAUCGAUUUCACUCAGUCCAAAUGUCCCCGGGCAGAUCUUUCUAGGACUGAUGGUUAAUCCCCCCAAACCAGGAGACAUCUCAUAUCUGAAGUUUGUUACAGAGAGCAAGGCAAUCCUUGAUUCGUUGAGGAAGAGAGCCCAUAUAAUGACUGACGGAUUCAACAGUUGCCGUAACGUAGUCUGUAAUUUUACAGAAGGAGCCAUGUAUUCGUUCCCUCAAAUACGCUUGCCGCCAAGAGCAAUUGAAGUUGCAAAACAGGCUGGAAAAGUCCCCGAUGUUUUCUACUGCCUCAAGCUUUUGGAAGCAACAGGCAUUUCUACCGUCCCAGGCUCAGGUUUCGGCCAGAAAGAAGGGGUCUUCCAUUUGAGAACAACCAUCUUACCAGCUGAAGAAGACAUGCCUGCAAUCAUGGCCAGUUUCAAGAAGUUCAAUGACGAGUUCAUGGAACAAUAUGAAGACCACAGAGGUUAUUCAAGGAUGUAAGGAAAGAAAGCAUUCCUAAGAUGUAUUCCCCCUCCCCAUAUUUCUUAAAGUCAUGUAAUGCUCACACCUCAACUCAUGUUUAAGCAUUAAACCUCUCUAAGCCUGGGGUAAUGAAUCUGUCAUGUUAUAAUUUGUUUGAUAUUUUUUAAUACUGAUAUUUCGACAAGAGAUUCAUAAUAACAAGUUGAAUUCUUAGUUCUAUAA